AUGUGGGUGUCUGACCAUGCAUGGAAUGUGAUCGCUGAGGGGAUGAGGAAUGAUGGAUUGUAUGAGAUGAAGCUGAAUGAGAAGGCCUUGGCAGCAGAGAAGGCUACUUACCAGCCACCACCGAAGGAAGGAGUGAUGGCGAGGGAGGAGUUGAAGGCGAAGCUGAAAGGAGUGACAGUAGAGGAGUUGCAGGUGGGAGCUGUUGCAAUGGUGGCAGCAGCUGCAAAAGUGGAUCUAGAAACCCUGCAUAGGCGGCUAGGACAUGCGGGGAUGGAGCGGAUUAAGGAGCUAGUGAAGAAAGGCAUGGCAGCCGGUGUGGAGCUGAAGGAAGGAGAUAGGAGUAAGGGGAGGUUGCCUACCAAAGGCCUUGCAGCAGAUAUGACCCCGCAUGAGGCUUUUUAUGGGAGGAAGCCAAACAUGGGGUUUGCAAGGGUGUGGGGCUGCAUGGCUCAGUAUAGGGAGCCGGUUGGACCGGACCACAAGCUCCUACCAAGGAGCAAGUGGGGGAUUAACCUUGGGAUGGGCAAGGUGAGCAAGGGCUGGGUGAUUAAGGACGUGGAGAUGGGCAAGGUAGUGGUGACCAGGGAUGUCAUCUUCUUUGAGGAUGUUAAUUACCUGCAGUGGAAGGGAGUGAACAAGGAGAUAGCAACGGGAGCAACAGCUGUGCUUGAUAAGGUGGAGAAGCUGCUAGUGGAGAAGGAAAACGAGGGGGUAGGGUGUGAUGAGGAGGAGUCAGGAGGUGGUGCGGACAAACCUACCAAGGAACCUAUUUGGCCGGAGCUGCAGAAGAAAAAGGUUGUAGAGGCGGCAGCAGAUGUGGAGGACAAAGGGCACCACGAAGGAGAGCAUAGAGAGACGGGCACAGAGGAGGAAAAUCAGGAUGUGGAGCGCGUGAAAAGCAGUGAUGGGACAGCACAAGAGGGCGAGGGUAACCCAUGGAGACUGAUUGGUAGUGACGCUACUUGUGAAGCUGCUAAAGAGUUAAAUGAGCUGCUGGAGGAUAGAGCCAUGAUUCCUAGGACAACGCUGUUUUUGGGGAUGAACCUGGAGCGGAAUGUGGAAGAGAAGAAGCUCUUCUUGUACCAGAAAAAGUAUUGCAACCGGGUGCAGCAGAGGUUUGGCCAGUGUUUCACCAAGGAGAUCACGACACCACUCAGCGGCAUGGCAGCAAAUGAUAAAGAGCAGGAAGAGGAUGUGAAGCAGUGGGGAGGAGAAAAGAAAGCGCUGCAGAUGUACCAGUCGAUGGUGGGAUCGGUUAUGUAUCCGGUUUCAUGCACAAAGGUCGACAUGGCGUAUGCGGCGAGUUACUUGGGGCAGCAUGUGCAGCAGGGAAGGAAAUGGCGGGAAAUGAAGCGGGCACUUAGUUAUUUGGUGCAGCAUGACGAGGAGGGGCUUCUCUUUGAGGGAGGAGAAGAGACUUUGCAGCUGGUGGGGUAUGCGGAUGCCUCACAUGCAUCGGACAAGAAAACAGGGAAAGGCGCAUAUGGCUCGUCAAUGCGUCUAUUUGAUAUCAGGGUCAAUGGGCCAAUGGGAGGGCAGCAGGGCGCACGGGGCGCACAGGGCAGCAGGGUAGCAGGGCGCACAGGGCUGCAGAGCAGCAGGGCGCACAGGGCUGCAGGGCAGCAGGGCGCGCGGGGCGCGCAGGGCUGCAGUGCGUGCAGGGCAGCAGGACAGCAGGGCGCGCGGGGCGCAGCAGGGCUGCAGGGCGCGCGGGGCGCGCAGGGCAGCAGCAAGGGCUGUAGCGGCAACAGCAAGGGCUGUAGCGGCAGCAGCAGGGCAGCAGGGCGCACAGGGCUGCAAGGCAGCAGGGCGCACAGGGCUGCAAGGCAGCAGGGCGCGCGGGGCGCGCAGGGCUGCAGGGCGCGCGGGGCGCACAGGGCUGCAGGGCGUGCGGGGCGCACAGGGCAGCAGGGCAGCAGGGCAGCAGGGCAGCAGGGCGCGCGGGGCAAACAGGGCAGCAGGGCGCACAGGGCUGCAGGGCAGCAGGGCGCGCGGGGUGCGCAGGGCUGCAGUGCGCGCAGGGCGCGCAGGGCAGCAGGACAGCAGGGCAGCAGGGCGCGCGGGGCGCAGCAGGGCUGCAGGGCGCGCGGGGCGCGCAGGGCAGCAGCAAGGGCUGUAGCGGCAACAGCAAGGGCUGUAGCGGCAGCAGCAGGGCAGCAGGGCAGCAGGGCGCACAGGGCUGCAGGGCAGCAGGGCGCACAGGGCUGCAGGGCAGCAGGGCGCGCGGGGCGCGCAGGGCUGCAGGGCGCGCGGGGCGCACAGGGCUGCAGGGCGCGCGGGGCGCACAGGGCAGCAGGGCGCACAGGGCUGCAGGGCAGCAGGGCGCGCGGGGCAAACAGGGCAGCAGGGCGCACAGGGCUGCAGGGCAGCAGGGCGCACAGGGCUGCAGGGCAGCAGGACUGCAGGGCGCGCGGGGCGCGCAGGGCAGCAGCAAGGGCUGUAGCGGCAACAGCAAGGGCUGUAGCGGCAGCAGCAGGGCAGCAGGGCGCGCAGGGCGCGCAGGGCUGCAGGGCGCGUGGGGCGCACAGGGCAGCAGGGCAGCAGGGCGCGCGGGGCGCAGCAGGGCUGCAGGGCGCGCGGGGCGCGCAGGGCAGCAGCAAGGGCUGUAGCGGCAGCAGCAGGGCAGCAGGGCAGCACAGGGCUGCAGAUCCCCUCCCCCCAACCGCUGCACCCGCAGUAGGGGGAUGGAGGAGAAAUCCCCUCCCCCCUACUGCUGCACCCGCAGCAGGGGUGGAGGAGAAAGGGGGGGGGGGGCGGGGGGGGCUGGUGCUGCAGAUCCCCUCCUGCCUCCCUCUGAACCUCCAAGCCCCCCCCCCCUCCCAACACAGGCGGGAACUUGAAUACAUAGAUAACCGGCUCGAACAGGACGAGGAUGAGGAGGAGCAGAACAUGGCGGUGCCACGCGAACAGUGGAGAGCGGCAGACUUUGUCGAAGACGACAUGGUUUACGCCUGCAUCGACGUGCUGGUCAUAGACGCCCUACGCCACCUACAAACCUUGGAGAAGAAUAGCACGCUGAGGCUGUACACCUCGUUCAUCUACCACUACAAGAGGUGGGCGGCAAAGAUGCUGAAGCAAAUACGUGACAAGCUUCCCCAGGAGCACAGGCUUAGGCACGUCGACGAGAUCGGCCACUACAUCCGGGACAACAAGAAGAAGAAUUGGGACAAAGUGGCCGAGGUCGCCCAGGAGUACAUCUGGCUUCACGGCCCUAUGGUAACCAAAACCCGGCUGCGUGCCUACGUGAAGUUCAUGAUACGUGAGUGUAAGCUCGAUGCCGAGUCGAUCGAGGAGGGGAACAAUGCCUCGCGAACCCAGCCUGUGCAAGGUACAACGGUGCACACGCUCCUCGGGCGCAUAAAGGCAUGCCAGAUGGCGGCGAGAGUGGAGGUGUCGCUCUACCAGGAGAAGGAGCUGAGCAUCAUGCGGGAGAUCUCGGUGGUCAGAUCGGAGGUGCGAUUCAUGGUCUGCACCAAGAACGAGAGGGACGUCAAGAAUUGUGCCGACCGGCGUUGCGGCACCAUCGGCGAUACCUACACCGCCAUACAGUUCCGCCAGAUCAUGAUGAAGGUGCUGCCGACAUGGGCGGCGUCGGCGUGGAACCCGCGGGCAACCGCUCCUUCGCAGACGCUGUUGCGAUUUUUGCUCACCAAGGCGCUCAGGCUACUCUUCCACCACACUCUCAUGCGAGGCGCCAGCAUCCGCGAGAUCACGCUCCCCGACAUCUUCUUGUACCGACUAGCUAGCACCUCGUCGGUGAACUUGGAGAACCAGCCGGUCGUCAUGGUGAUCGCCGCGCGGAACUCGAAGACUUCCAAGGAUGCCCGUCUUCAGCAGAGCUACGCGGCGCGACACCUGGAAGCGGAGUUGUGCGCCGUCGGCGAGACCGGCCUGUGA